UCAACAGAAAAAAUUCCUUAUAGUUUUGAUCUGAUGGGAGUUGGUAACAAUUCAACAAUAACAACGCCAAGUAUUUCAGUAAAUAAUAAAAAACAAAAAUGGCAAAAGAAAAAAAUGCCAAAUCUAAAAGAAAUAUCCAGUUGUUUAGGAGGCCCUAUUCACAAUUUAAUUACUGCAAUUACUAUUUUUAAAAACAACCCUCAAAUGAAUGUUGCUGAAUUAGCUCGUAAAUGUAAUACAUUAACUAUAUCCAAAUUAAUGAAUGAAACAAAUUCAAACAAUUAUAAAGAGGAAAUCACUAAAAGAUUUCUUGAGGAUGGUUAUGAUGAUAUAGAGGAAUCUUUGAAACCUUGGAUUCUUGACUUGUAA